AUGAUCAAGGACUUGAUCAAGGAGAAGAAAUGCCAUCCAGAUAUGAGGCACAGGAUCGUGAAAACAAGCGUGAGAGAGUCUGACCAAGAUGUCACCGCGAAGUUAUGGGCAGAGAAGAUCGUUGAUACCUUAAAGUACUCUGACUCUGAAUUUGAGAAGGCAGCAGAGUUCAAGAAGAAGCUGUUGGAGUCCAACAGCAGAGUACAAGAAGAAGCUUCUGGAGUCCAAGUACUGGGAAGAGUCGCACCAAAGCCUGGUCCGACCUGUGUGAAGAUGCGAGAAAAUGGGCAAAGGAGAUAUAUCAUUGUGGACACCUUGGAAUUCUCUGAGGCAGAAUUUGAGAGGGCGGCAGAGUACAAGACUCCAAACGAAGAUGUAAUGGCCGCGGAAGAGAUGGCGAUGUUCGGUAAGCAAGGCUCGGGGCCGGGGGAGUUUCAGAACCCGCGCGGUGUGGCCGUGUCUGCUGACAACGAGAUACUCGUGGCCGACACCUUCAACCGGCGAGUCCAAGUGUUCGACAUCGAAGGCGCGUUUCUCCGGCUGUUCCCAGUCGCCACGCCGGAGGGUAACAUCGUGGCUCCGGAGGACGUUUGCGUAGCCGGGGACGGCAGCCUGUGGAUAGUCGGGAAGCACGCCUCUGGUACCGUCGCCGUGCGGUACACCAGUGACGGCUCACCGCGGGAGCAGAUCCCUCUGCGCCGGACGGCGUUCUCGCGAGGAAUCGCCGUGAACCCGAAGACUAGCCGCGUGGUGGUGACUGAAGCAGACGGACGGGGCGGCGAAGUGCUGAUGUUCCGGCCAGACGGAACGAAAGACCAAAGGUUCGGGCGGCGGGAAGGGAUGAUGCACCCCUGGUUCGUCGCUACGGACACGGAGGGGAACAUCCUGGUGUCGGACUACAGCACCAAGUACGUCUACAUGUACAACCAGUCUGGAGGAUUCCUGACCAAGUUCGGCGGGCACUUCCGCUAUCCGGCGGGCCUGUGCGCGGACGGAGGCGGGAACAUCAUCGUGGCGGACUCGGGGAGCCGGCGGGUGGAGGUGCUGACCGGUCGGGGACAGCAUGUCCGGUUCGCCGCCUCGGGGCACGGGAGGCCCUCGGGUGUUGCCCUCGGGCCGGCCGGACAGAUGGUCGUGACCUACGGACUGAAGAACGUCGUGGCCAUUUUUACACAUCAGGACAGAAAGGUUUGACUGGCAGAACCGUGCUUUAUCCAAAAUCCAGCUGGAUAGUACCAGCGUACCCAGAACCAUGCCUGAAACUAACACAAACCAUCCAGGCAUAGAG